AAUCUUCAAUCUCCUCUCUUUAACAUAAUAAAACAAAAUCAAUGGCGUCUCCUAAAUCUUCCAAGGAAUCAAAAUGGUUGAAGAGCAGCAGCAAAAGCUUCAAAAUAAGCUUCCAACGUUUCCGACCAACGUCUAUCUUACGACAAAGCUCUCUGCGGUCUCCGACGUCACCUCCGCUCCCUCCCCAUACCCCGAAAACCACCACGAGGGAAGAGGAGCUCAAACAAGUCUAUCGUCAUUUCGACAGUGAUGGAGAUGGCAAAAUCUCCGCCCUUGAACUUAGGGCUUACUUUGCGUCCAUUGGAGAGUACAUGUCCCACGAGGACGCUCAGGGUGUCAUCAAGGAGCUUGACACGGAUGGGGAUGACAUGUUGGACUUUGAUGAUUUUUUGAGGUUGAUGAAGAGAGAAUCCAAUGAUGAUGAUGAUGAUUUGAAGAAAGCGUUUGAGAUGUUUGAAUUGGAGAAAGGCGAUGGGUGCAUAACUCCUACAGGAUUGCAGAGGAUGCUACAACGGCUGGGAGAUGACAAGUCGUAUGAUGAGUGCGUGGCUAUGAUACAGGUAUAUGAUAUUGAUGGAAACGGAGUUGUUGAUUUUCACGAGUUUAAUCAGAUGAUGGCUUGAUUUUGAUGAUUCUUUUUAUAUGUAGUUAUUUGUGUUCUUAUAAUAUUUUGUGUGGAUUAUCGUGUCCUGUAAUUGAGAGAGAAGGAACAUAGUUAUUUGUCCUUCUCGAAGUUGUUUGGUGUUGUAAUAUAUGAUGGAAAUUAUUAGACUAUGUCUGGGUAUAUACAAACAUUUGUUUUAAUUAAUUAUCCUUAAUCAA